AUGAAGCAGCAGCUAUUGCCUUCCAUGUCACAAGAUAUUGAGGCAACGCCGAAAUUGUUGACUGAAUCAGCUGGCAAAAGCAGAUGUAGCGUCUUCAGAGUGCCCCGGGCACUUGCUGGAGGAAACGCCGAGGUGUGCCGGCCUCGCAUCGUCUCUAUUGGCCCAUACCACCAUGGGGAAGUGCAGCUGGGAAUGCUUCAGGAACACAAGUGGAGAUACCUUCAAAGCAUGUUGGACCAAACUCAAUCGCACGGUGUCGGACUUGAGGAUCUCAUCGAUAUAUUGGCGCCAAAAGUGGAAAUGAUUCGGAAGUGCUACUCGGAAAGCACCGACCGUUUCAGUGGACCUGAUCUUGUGAAAAUGAUGGUUCUUGACGGAUGCUUCAUCAUUCGAUUCCUCCGUCAAAUGGCAGGGGUCAUCCAGAUUGAUCCCUCAUUAAAAAAUUUGUACGUGUUAGCUUCUGUUAUGCAGGACCUUCAUCGGCUUGAGAACCAGGUCCCGUACUUUGUUCUCGAGGAUUUGUUUGAAACGGCAAAUGUUCCAAAAGGAACCUUGUCCUUGGCUGAUCUUGCCUUCCAUUUCUUCAGCCGCUUUCCAGAAGUAUUUGGCAAUGUAUGGGAAAGACGGAGCAACCUAAAAGGAGUGCAUUUACUUGAUUCAUUUUGUCUGAGUUUAAUACCUUGGGAUCAACGAGACAUUUAUCCAUUAAAUAAGAGGUCGUCUCAUCAUCUGAUCAAAUCUGCCUCCGAGCUUCAUCGUGUGGGAAUUGGAUUCAAGCAAAGGGAAGCUAGCACCUUUCUGGAGAUCAAGUUUGACCGCGAGCGCAGAAUCAUUCGAAUUCCAAAAGUAACAAUAGAUGAUCUCAAUUGGAUCCUCCCCAACAUGGUUGCUUUUGAACAGUGUAGUGGCCAAGGGGAUGGGCACAUAACUAGCUAUGCCGCGUUCAUGGGAUACCGAUACCUCAUUCAUACAGCCGAUGAUGUACAACUUUUACGUGAUCGUAAAGUCAUCUCGAAUCACAGCAGCAUGAGCAACGAGGAUCUUGCACAUUUCUUCAGUGACGUGUGCAAGGAUGCUACUUUCUAUGUCAAGGGGAGCUAUCUAGAGUCACACUUCUGA